AUGAGGAACUUCGCUGCCUUUGCGGUCUUGGCCGCCAGUGCCAACGCACUUGUUCCCCGCGAUACGAGCUGCUGCUUCAGCCUCACGGCCUCUGGUGAAGCCUCUGGCCCCGUCGGUCAGCUCGAUGACGGACAGAACCGCAUUGGCGGCGACCUGCCGGCCGGCCAGUACUGCGUCGACACUGACGGCUCUAUCACUGAUGGCAACGGACGUGGCUGUAUACUGACUCCUCCCACCACACAAUUCCAAUGCGAUGAGGGUGCCAGCCCAUCUCCCGGAUUCUCCGUCAACUCGAACGGCCAACUAGAGUACGAUGGGAGCACAGACUUUGUCGCCUGCGAGACGGGCCAAAACGGUGAAUUGAACAUUUACACUACCGAGAGUGACGACGUUACAAACUGCCGCACCGUGCAGCUCAUUGCGGAUUCCUGCUCCGGAUCUGGAACUGGCACCGGCUCUAGCUCUGUUCCUGGUGGAGGUGGUGGCCAGUCGUCCUCUGCUCCUCAGCCCAGCUCAAGUGUGCCAAUUGUGUCGCCGUCGCCUAGUGCUCCAGGAUCUGAGGGCCCAGGCGGAGGCUCGGCUACCCCCCCUGUCGUCUCCCCAUCAUCGACUAGCCCAGGAGAAAUCCCUGGUGGCGGCGGUGGUGGUGAGGGCUCAACCACUACUCCCUCGGGUACUAGCCCCGGCGAAGGCACCGAUUGCUCAUUGUGCGAGACAACUACUGUCCUGACUACCGUCAUUGUCCCCUGCUCCUCUUCUGAGACCCCUGGCGUGCCCAUCCCAGGCGAGUCCACUACCCCUGGUGUCCCUGGAGGCGAGUCCCCAACUCCUUCUGGCCCUGGUGAGACCCAGCCCCCGUCUACUGUGACACCUGGCGUUCCUGGAGAGUCCAACACCCCCGGGGGCGCUGGAUCCGAGUCCCCCGGUCCUUCUCAGCCCCCCUCUGAGACUUCCCCUCCCCAGACAUCGCAGCCUCCUCAGCCUCAGCCAUCCGGCGAGUGCUGCCAGACGGAUCUCUCUGGAGACUACGAGUUCCCUCACCUGAUUGUUCCUGUCGACUCAUCCUCUCCCGAUGAGGCCGUGGGUACUUCUUUCAAUGGAACCGUCUCUUCCACCGUUUCCACGAUCUUCAACUUUGAUAUCCCCGCCUCGGACGCCGGAAGGACCUGUAGCCUUGUCUUCCUCUUCCCCAAGCAGGAGGACCUCGAGACCUCUGCAUUCUCCUUCAGCGGUGACGGCAAGGUUUCAUUCGGAGCUGUCUCUGAACCUGCUACCCAGUCUACUACUUUCAACAACGCUCCCACGAUCAGCCAGAACCUUGGUGACUUCACCAUCGCCCCCGGAAACUCUUACGCUAUCAGCACCUUUGAGUGCCCGGCUGGCCAGACCGUCGGAUAUGAAAUCACCAACGCUGGCAGCACCAGCUUCGAGUUCUUCGAAGACUACAACCCCUCACCGUGA